UUAUGAAUGUCAAAUUUUUGAUUACACAAAAGUGCACAAAAGCGUAAUGUAUGGGAAUUUGUUGUAUAUAUUUGUGAUGAUUUUUAGAAGAUAAAUAUAAUUAUUGCUAUGUUCGAUUAUUAUAAGUGAAUUAUUGAUUUGUUUGUACACACCAAUGGAGAGCGGCGACAGGAUUUUAGUGGCCGCUGGUCUAACAGCAGCAGUCGUCGUUGGAGCUUUUGUCUUGUGGGGUCCAGGAGGAGCACCGCGCGUAAGGAAACGUCGCGGGCAAAUAGCAGGACUUCAAAACCUUGGUCGGACAUGUUUUUUAAAUACGCUCUUGCAAGCACUAGCGGCAUGUCCUAUAUUCAUAGAAUGGUUGAGAAAGUACGCGAAAGCCGAUGCACACAACAGUAUGAUAACAACGCUGUAUACAGUUAUUGAAGUGGUAAAUGGUACUCACGAAUCAGCGCGGGGCACGCCGGUGUGUCCACUGGGCGUGCUCCAGUCAUUGCGUGCAGCCGGCUGGGUGAUCCCUGCAGAUCAGCAGGAUGCUCAUGAGUUACUGCAUGUUCUUUUAUCAUGCAUUGAGGAGGAAACUACUGCUAUGGCAAGGAAGCCGGGUUGCCUCUCCGAUGCACUGGGCCUAGGUGCAGGUGGACGGGCCUGGUCGGCGUUGGCGUCACCGGCUUCACCACCCGCGGCACCGUUGUCCCUGCGUCCCGCUUCCGCUGCGCCACCUGAUGAACCGGACCUUGCAGACCCAGAGCCUCCCCCGGAGCCCGCUAAGCUGUCCCGCGGCGUGUCGCGCUCGUUGUGUCAGCUGGGCACGGCGGCGCGGCGCUGGGCGGCGGCCCCCGCGCGCCCCGCCCCCGCGCCGCCCACGCGCGGCACGCUCGCCUCGCGCCUGCAGUGCACUGUCUGCUCAACAAAGAGCCCGGUGCGGUACGACAAGUUCGACAGUAUUUCACUGUCGAUGGCCAACGCGAGCGCCGGCCGCACCGGCGCCUUCAGCCUGCCCGGUCUGCUGCGAGCCUUCACUGCGCCGGAGAUGGUGAAGGGCGUGCGCUGCAGCAAGUGCUCGCCAGAGGACGGCGGCAUGCAGACCAAACACAUACGCACCGUCAGCUUCGGCAAGUUGCCGUGCUGCCUGUGCCUGCACGUGGCGCGCGUGGAGUGGUCGGGCGGCGGGCUCAGCAAGCGCGGCGAGUUCGUCGCCUUCCCGGAGACCCUGAACAUGGCGCCCUACGCCGCGCGCCAGCAGCCACAGAGCGAGCUGGCGGCGCUGCUGGGGGGCGGGGCGGGGGCGGCGGCGGGGGCGGAGGGCGCGGAUCGCGCGGCCUACCGGCUGGCGGCCGUGGUGGUGCACGUGGGCGGCCCGCGCUCCGGACACUUCGCCACAUACCGCCGCGGGAACGGCUUCGAGAGCAAGAGAUGGUGGUACACAUCGGACACGCUGGUGCACGAGGUGGCGCUGCAGGAGGUGCUGCGCUGCUCCGCCUACAUGCUGUUCUACGAGCGCGCGCGCCCCGAGCCCCGCACACAACACUUCUAGGCCCCGCCCUCGCUCCGCGAUAGCUCCGCCCUAGUCCCGCCCCGCGCACUACUGCUCAGCACACCCUAGUUAUGAUGUCAAAAUAUAAAUAAAAAGAAAAGAGAAGGAGCACCAGGGUGAGAGGUCUAGUUGAAGAAUACAGUGUUGUGUCUGAUAGGAAAUAAAAUUUAAAAAGUUUUGAGGAAUCCUAUAAAAAUAUAAGUGAGACGAUGUGAUUGAAAUCCAUCAUAUAUUUAAAUUAAAAUGAAGACUUAAAAAAGAAUUAACAUUUUUUCGAAUUGAAACUAAAACCGUUUGAUAGUUUAAAACUUUCACUGAAUGUUUCUCCACUUUAUAUUGUUCUGCCUGAGGUAAGAUUUGUGAACAAAUUGCGGUUGUGAUUGUGCGCGAAGACUGACCGAGGUGCAUCUGCUGCGGUUUCUAUUGUGGUUUUUAUCGCUUUUACUUUUCAUUUAUAAAAUCUUUAAAAAGUUACUACAAAAGAUGGAAAAUGUGUGAUUAUUUGGUUGGGAUGUUCAAUGUAAUGGAAAUAGUUUUCAUAGUACCUGCUUAAUUGUUUAAUGUUCGAUUUGCAUUUACAUAGCCUUUUUGUUUGCAUUUAUUUAUGUAAUUAUAUGGCUAGUUUUCAGUCUCACUUUUUAUGGGUUUACAGUAAAAGCAUAUAAGAAUUUUUAUCUUGUGAAAUAUGUACUGUAGAGAUCUUUACGCUAAGAAUUCCUUGACUUGAUACAUUUUAUUCUUGUAAGUCAAAAAUUCGGCUGUGUACAUAUAUAAAAUUACUAUAUUGUUAAGAAUUUUACAUCUUUAAUGUUCUUUGCGAAGAUUAAGAAUUCUCUUAUUAGGUGGGAUAAUUUUUAAAAGUUUAAAAAGUCGUUAAAAUAAUAUUGCCUUAACCAUCAUUAAAUCUAUGAAUAAUUGUUGCGUUAGUUUAUGUUAUUUCUUAUAAGUUGGACCUAUUUAAAGUAUUUUCAGACAGUUUUUCUUAUAACAAAUACACACUGAAUUGAAUUCGAAUUAAAACUAUAUUGCAUUUUAUAUUAAAAAAAUUAGAGUUAGAAUGAAAUAUUUUGUAAUUCCUAUCACAUUUUCGAUAUCUCCACUAGUUUUUGAGGCACCUAUUUGUAGCAAAGAUCACAACAUAUCUAAAAAUGAAAGCAGUUGAAGAUAAAAUUAAGAUAUACAUAAUUUCUGCUAAAAGGACUACAGUUGUAUGAAAUGGCCGAGUCUAUGCAAUAUUAAUUCAGGAUUAGGAAAAGCGUAACAGUUGUUUAAUGCAGAAUGACAUUUGAUGUUUAUUUAAAGUAAAUAAUAAACAUUAAUAAUUGCUGUCACAAAAUAUAUGUUUUUUGUUUUUUACUUUUACAAGACUUAAGUCAUUUCUGAGUACAAACUCGCACUGAAAUCUAGGGUUGCUCACUUUUUAUUUUUUUUAGGUUAUAAUUUUUUUUAAUACAGUUACGACUGUGCCAUAGUCCCACAUGAGUAAAUCCCAGUGAAAUGUCUGAUAUUUUCUUAUUAUUUAAAAAUGCAUUUUUAAUGUGCUUAAAUAGUUUCUAGUUAGUAUUUAUGAUGGUUGAUUUUUUAACAUAUAUGAGUAAUAGAGGCUUAAAUAUUGUCUUAAUUGUAUUAUUUUUCGUGUUUUAACUAAAAUCAUGACUUUGAAUAUACUCGAGAAAGAAAUUUAAUUUGACAAGUUAAGUAAAUAUGUAAUAUUGUUAGCAGAGUUUAAAAUAUUUGAGUAUUAGGACUGAAGUUUUAUUGGAGCGGCCAAAUUGAAUAAAAACGGGUAUAAUGUAACUAAAAUAUAAUGUAGUUAUAUAUUAUUCUUUGUUAAAUAUUUUUCUGUUGGAACAUAAUUGCUCUGAUGGUUAAUUUUCAAUUCCUACUAUUUUACUCAUCGACCCUAUAAGAAAUCUAAAAUGGCAGCCGUCACAAAAUGGCGGAUGAGAAAGUAAAAAAUUAAAUGCUACGAGUAGUAAUUGACUUAAAAUUAUUGUUUUAUUUCAUGUCUAACACUUAUGAUAAAAUGUAGUCACAAUUAUUUCCUAUUAUUUAAUUUGUAACUUUUACAUCACAACAAUUGUAUGCUGGCCACUUGGUGCGGUGUUAAUUAAUAAUUUAUCUAUGUAUGUUUCAUUGUCAAAAUGGUUACUUAAGGAAGCCCUUAGUCUAGAUUCCUUACUUCAUAAAGACUUCUCAGCGACAUUGGUUUGUAGAUUUUGUAAUGGUUUGUGAGUUGACGUGUGUACUUCCAGAGUAACGUAUGUGGCAACUGUAGAUAGGUUUGUUUGUGCUAUUAACAAAUGUUUAUGUAAUAAAUUAUAUUGUAAGUAAA